AUGCGUCCACUAACAAAAAAAUUUCGUCAAUAUCAAUCAUUAUCAUUAUUUUCUCAUUCAUCAAAUAUGAUAAAUAAUAGUUCAUUUAGUUUUAAUAUUGAACAAUUAGAACAAUCAAUAAAGAUUGAUGUUGAAUCUCAUAUAUUAUUAAAUUUAUUAUUAUAUGCUAAAGAAUUAAAUAAUUUAUUUUAUAAUGAUGAACGAUUUUCAAAUAAUUAUUUUCAAAAAAUUGAAAAUAAUCUUUCAAAUAUUCAAUCAAAUAAAUUAAUAAAUGAUUUAAUUAAAUUGAUUAAAUAUUAUUUUGAAAAAUAUUUAUUAUCAUCUAUAAUAAUACGUUGUUAUAUACAAAUACAUGUACCAUCAUCACAAUCAGGUAAUAAUCAAGGUGUUAAUAUACAAAAUCAAAUAUUAAAAGAACUUGAUGAUAUGAAAAUAAUAAUUGAAACAAAUGAAAAUAUAUUUAUUGAUUAUUAUAAAAAACAUUAUGAAAUAUUAAAAUAUUUAAAUAAAUUUCCAUCUAUUGAAGAUUACCAUUUAUAUUUAAUUGAAUAUGAAAAAAAAAUUUUUUAUGAUUUACGGUCAAUUAUUUUAGAAUUACGUACAAUUUUUUUAAAAACAUAUGAUAUUAUUAUGAAAAACUUAACUAAAAUUCAAAUGCCUAGAAAUCAACAAAGUAUAUCUAUGAUUAAUUAG